AUGGCGAGAUGGGCGGUUUGCUAAAAGUUUCGUCAUAUUCCUAGUGGUAGUUUAAUAUAGUGCUCGCGUAUUCUAAAUACCCACAAUGAGACACAAGUAGAAUAAUUAAGUGACCAAAAACCUGUGAUAAAUCCAUUUGAACACGGCACUUUCAACACACUUUCUAAUAGAAUUCAGUGUAGCGAAUAUUGAGAAAAGACCGGAGAGAGUAAACCCUUUAAUAUGAUGGAAAACAAGGAAUUUGAAAAGGAUUUAGAAGUUCCUAGUUCAAGUAGCAAUUGUGCAGAGAGGAAAGAGCCUUUUUGGAUCUUCGGCUAUGGAUCUUUGUGUUGGAAUCCUGGCUUUGAAUACCAGCAAGCGGUGACGGGUUAUGUGAGAGGUUUUUCCCGAAGAUUUUGGCAGGGGAACACCACUCAUCGUGGCACAGAUUCGAAGCCCGGAAGAGUGGCAACGCUCGUCGAAGAUAAAGACGGAAUCACGUGGGGCAAAGCGUUCCUAGUGUCCGCCGAAAACAAAGCAGCUUUGCCCUACCUCAGCAACCGGGAGUGCCAACUUGGCGGCUACAAAACAUACACCGUGUACUUCUACCCUCGUCCAGCGUUCUCGCCAGCAACCAGCCGCAGUUUCCCAGAUAAACGCAAUGCUUUACUGUACAUAGCCGUGCCGGAGAAUAGACAUUGGCUCGGCGCGGCGCCCCUGCCGGACAUAGCGAAGCAGAUCAUCGAGUGCCGUGGCUCAUCUGGAUCUAACGUGGAAUACCUGUUGAGACUAGCGGAUUUCAUGCGCGAUGAAAUCCCGGAGGCUUUAGACGAGCAUUUGUUUUCUUUAGAGCGGCUGGUGAGGAAAUUCGCGGCCGAUAUGAAAGUGUGUUUGAAGAGUCUGAUGCGGGAGGAGAAGGUUGAUGAAAAAGAUGAGAAGCCGGCAGUUCCGAGCUUCCAGUACGCUUCGAGGGUGCCAGAGAAGAAAUUGCGCUGUGUUAAUAUGUGAUAGGUGUGUGUGAAAGUGGGCACGGAGACCUUGUUGUGGAUUAUCUGUAUGCUAUGAUUGUAGAGUGCGAUUCCGUUUUGCGUAAUGUAGUACGUAAAUAUUUUGCCGGAUUUCUUUAUUUGCGAUGUGGAACGUCGCAGGCAUUGUUAUUCGUCGUCAUUACUUAAAACGAAACGUGGAAAACGCUAGAAUGAAAAGGCAUAUUACAUUGGCAUGCUGAGCGUGCUAAUUAAUGCCUUUGUUUGAUAAAACAUAAUACUGAUGAUUUGAAAUCAACAGCCACCAGUAACAAUAGGGUGGCGCCCAAAUAUUAUACUUUAUAUUUUGGUCGUCCGUGUCAUCUCAAAACAAUGUGAUGUUUAUAUCUGUGUUAACAAAACUUCUUUUAUUUACCCCACAUAUUGAAAAGGUAAAUAUUGUAUUCUUUACAUUACAAAAUCACUUACCUUAUUAACAUUUUUCAAGUCACUGACU